AUGGAGCGUGAAAGGCCCCAUACUUGUGAAAAACGGUCACGUACUCGGGAUAAGUCACGCAAACUACGCCGAUCCCGUGGGUCAUAUGAUCGCAGUAGUGGUAGAUCGUACCGCGAUUCGAGUAGGAUUCGUCGUACUUCGCGAGAUGGCUUACGUGAUCGAGAUCGGCAUGAUUCUCGUAGUUCCGAAAGGCACCAAUCACGUACUAGGGAUAGGCGCGAUUCGCGUAGUAGGGAUCGUUCGCGUAGCGACAUUGGCCAUAGAGAACGCGCACGUACUCCUUCGCCCCCGGUUCAAACGAGUUCUACCCACAAGAAUAGCGAGGUGUUGCCAAAAGCUAAGGAGCCAAUGAUCCCUAAUACGUCAGAACAAAAUCGGCCCAUGAGUCUAGUAUCCCCGGCUCUCAGGCAUCCACUCUCGCUCAUGCCUUGA